AUGCUUUCUAUGCUAUUACCGUUUGGAAAUACUGGCAUUUACGCUAAUGAUGUGGACCGGGAAGACUUGCCUGAAAUUGCAAAGCUUGUGCAAGCAUUUCCAACCAUUGAGGAGGAUUACCAUGUAGUAAAGCUCGUAGGAGCUGGUAGCUUUAGUAGCGUGUUCAAAGCUAUUGAUAGACACUAUGAUAGCUAUGACAAUUCGUAUUGGAUCACUUCACAAAUCGAAAAUCAAAACGGUCAAGAGAAGGGAAAGCACCAGCGACAGCAAUUUGUCGCCAUCAAAAGGGUGUAUGCAACUGUUUUGCCAUCUCGCAUUCAAACGGAGCUGGAGAUGCUUCAUGAGCUUCGUGGCGGUGAAUGUGUCCUCAAUAUGAUUACCGCCGUCCGACACCAGGAUCAAGUCUUGAUUGUGCUUCCGUUUAUUCAACAUGCUGAAUUCCGAGACUUUUACAUGAAAUAUACACUGCCAGAGAUUGCUACGUAUCUACAGGACCUAUUAAAGGGACUUGCGCAUAUAGCUUCUAAGGGAAUUAUCCAUCGAGACAUUAAGCCAGGCAAUUUUGCAUGGAACCCAUAUACCCAACGAGGAGUCAUUCUUGACUUUGGACUUGCACAAUGGCAGGUGGCUGACACGCCCUCCGAAAACUGUUGCAUUGACAAACUGCGAAAACUGAAACAAGAGGGCAAAUACUACGACUUUUUCCCUUUUGAAAAAACCAUUGCGGAUCCGAGCGAUGGAUACUUACUUCAUGAUCCUCGACCCACAAAGAGAGCUGAUCGGGCAGGCACAAGAGGAUUCAGGGCUCCGGAAGUGCUGUUUCGUUGUCAGUAUCAGACAUCCAUUAUUGACAUUUGGUCAGUAGGAGUAAUUCUUCUCUGUUUCCUUACUCGAAGAUACCCUUUUUUUCGAUGCGAGGAUGACAUUGAUGCAAUCGUUGAGCUGGCACAUAUCUUUGGAAGGAACCAAAUGUCCAGAUGUGCCUUGUUACAUGGUCAAAUCUGGUCCGACAAUCUCUCCACAGUACAGGAUCAAAAGCACAACUGGCUAGAUCUCAUUGGUAGCAUCACCAAAAGCGACGAAAACUCUUUACUGGACGUAAGUCCCGGAUGCCAAGUCGCUCUUGUAAUUGACUUACUUGACAAGUUGCUUGAGCUACAGCCAUCCAAGCGACUUACCGCAGAAGCUGCUUUGGAACACGAUUUUUUCAAAGUUGCAGAUAUGCCCAGAAUGACAUAUCCCUAAGACAAACAGAUAAACAAACAAACAAACUAGCAAGCAAGACCUGUCAAACAAGAGGAACAAGGGACCGAAGGGAUAUACUUCUCAGAAAACAGAAUCAACCAGUCCCUUCAACUCGGGUUUCCUUAACACAGGUAGCGAAACUGAAACCCUGUAUUAGUAUUUUCUGCAUUUUAACAAGAAGCAUUAAUUUCCAUUCCACCAAUUCUCAUGUAAACAAAGCGACAAUGUAAACAGACUUUCAGC